CCCGCGUCGAUGGCUUUCGCAUCAGAGCGAUCAUGGUUAUCCAAAAUUGACGUAUUAGAUGGUGAGUCACUGACAACGACCAUACAGAUGCUUUCGUUCUUAUUAGCUUUCACGCUGGUACCGGGUGUCACUUUCAUUGUCGUUUCGCGAGAUGCAGCAGAUGAAAGGAAUAUUCGCAGAGGUACAGCAGCAGUAUCUGCAGUUCUUGCUGUAGAAUGCAUGGCCUUGAUAGUGUUAUUCUUUGUACUUGUACGGAGAACAAGAGAAAGUAGAUCCGGCGGUCUAUUCUUCAGAAGACAUCAACAUGCAAAUCCCGGAUCCAAUACUGCGCCUACCGUCGAACAAAGUGCAAGACCAACGCUCUUUCAUGUGCCUCCGAAACGGAAAUUCGAAAGAAAAGGUUAUUCUUUACCAGGUGGGAAGUGGGGAAGAGAAAUGUACUCCUACUCACCACUAAUGAAUCACGAAAUACGGGUGUUAGAGCUACAUCCUUCUGCAGGUGAAGAUGAUGAAGUUCAAGCUGAACUCCUUCAUCGCACAUUGCAUCAAGCCAGAAAAUUACAAUUCGUCGCUAUAUCCUAUACUUGGGGGACUCGGGAAGAUGCUACAUACAUUGCAGUUAACGGCUACACGAUGGAAAUUGGGCCAAAUGUGUUGAGAAUAUUGAAACAGUUGAGAACUCUAGGUUACAAAUUCGUCUGGAUAGAUGCUAUCUGUACAAACCAGUCUGAUCGUGAAGAGUGUAGCGCGCAGGUCUCUCGCAUGCGAUCAAUCUACGCUGGAGCUUACCAAGUUGUCGUUUCUCUGGACUCCAUGGCUUCUCGAGAUACCGGUGACUUUCUUCAAUUACUUUCCCUUGUAGAACCAGUGUUAUCUCCUGAGUCCCAGGUAGAUACUCUUCAGAGGGCCCUAAAGCAGGACAACCAUCGAGUUACUCUUACUGCUUUCUGUAAUGACAAUUACUGGAAAAGGAUGUGGAUCAUUCAGGAGUUUGCGAUUGGCCAUAACAUUCAGUUUCUAAUCCACGGUAGCGUUGUGCCCGUUAAAAAAUUCGAAACAAUCUUCCGUAUGCGAGAGAUUGAACCCGGCAUCAAGGAUAGUCAAAUGAACGCCAUAUACGCCAUGCGAUCCGCAUGGCAAGCGAACCGGUCUACCAACUUCAUACACUACCUUUACCGGACUCGGAUGUCAGAGUGCAAACUAAGACACGACCGGGUUUUCGGUCUCCUUGGCAUCUUGCCCGAGGCAAUGAAAUAUCUUCCGGAACCAGAUUACGAAUCUGAUAUAAGAGAUAUUGCAGUCAGCAUUACACACGCGUACAUCCACAAGACGUCAGCAGAUAUAGUGUUACUCACACCUAGGGACGACCCCAUCAUGGACUGGCCAACUUGGUGUCCUAGAAUUUUCCAUUUCGACCAAGGAGCACCAAAUAAGCGCUUGAUUAAGCUACUCAAACGAAAGAGUCUAAUUCAGUCAGGAGAGUGGAAGGCCACUGGUGACGCUAAACCUGAUUUUUCUAUUCACGGAACGACUUUGGUCACGAGGGCUGCUUUCCUAGGCACCAUUCGCAGUAUUGGAUUCGCUCGCUUUGAUUCAAUUCAUAGUGAUUUUCCACUACAUGACGCCACUUGGAAAAGGAGCGAGAGCCCGCGGAUCUUUGUUAGUGAAACUCUUGGUCUAUUUCAUGAGGCCUUUGAGGGAAGAUCUACAAUCAAUACUGCUCUUUUUAAGAGUGAAUAUACAUCUUGCUAUAUUCGAGCUUUCCAAGUGGACCAUAAUUUUGAACAAGAGGGGAAUAUCUAUAACUAUGACGUUGCCAAAUGGAUAUAUCGCAACCGCAAGUUCUUCACAGGUUGGAAGUUCAUGGAAGAACACGCUGAAGUGACAAGCACCCCCAAAAGCUUUCUGCUGAGUCUCAUCAACUGUGUAAGGACCUCUCAUUCUAGUUGUCUGCACCCAGGUUAUACCAAAUUCUGGGAUUCUUUUGUGGAGAUGGUCAAUUCGGAUAUGCGACUGAUGGGUUUGGAGAUGGUAACGCGGUCUGAACUCGGUUGGGCUACAACAGGUGCACGUCUUGGGGACGAGGUAUUCUUAGUCCCAGGAUGCAGCAGACCCGCCGUCCUUCGCAAAACCGAUGCUGGAACGUAUCAACUUCUGGGCGACGCUAUCAUUCUUAGUGCCAUGUAUGGCGAUCUAUGGACUAAAAUCAGAGCUGAAGAUCUUCAGAGCAUUGAGAUUGUAUGA